AGAAAUACAGUGGUAUUUCUUUAAAUUCUAUGUUAUCUAUGCCCGUUUAAGUUUUUAAAAUAGACAGAAAUGUCAAAUUAGACGUUUAUGAAAAUUAUAAUUUAAUUAUUUCAAAAUUAAAAGUAAAAUAGUUUAGAAAAUAAAGAAUAAUAUAAUAAUAACUGUGAAGGAGGGAAUAGUACACUUUUAUUGUCGUUUCUUUAUUUUCAGAGCAACACAACAUGAUUUUAUUUGUUCACCUUCAUAGUCCAUGAUAUAACUUUAUAAAACGACAAUUUUGUUUAUGAAGAACAUCGAGAUAAGAUAAUACAAUAUAAGAUGGAGAAAUUUUGUGUCGAGUUCAGCAUACUGCCGGCGAACGACGGAAAAGCAAAUAUUUUCUGUUUAACCUCAAUAGCUACGUGUAAUGAUAAAGUGUAUGCUAUACAAGAAGAGUAUCAAUCCGUUGUAUAUCACAAAGAACUAAUAAAAACACCAACUAUCACAAAGGUAAAAAACAGCUUAAAGAAAAGAUACCAGGUACGAAGAGUUUGGAUAACAAUGACAGAAGAACUUAAGAAAGUCUACUUAGAUGAGGAUGAUAAUUUGCUAUUUGAAAAUCAGUACUUAGAGGAAAUCAAAAAAGAACAGACUGCGGCUGUACAAAAUACAGAAGCGGGUGUAUUGGAGAAAUUGUUAGAAAAACUAGUUCAAAAUACACAGGAUACCAAACAACUAAAUUUGAAACAUAUUGCAGAAAGGUUUGUAAUUGAAAAAUUUACCAGCAAAAAUAUGAAUGCAAACCAACAGAUUGAUAUUUUUGAGAAAGAAUGCAUAUGAUUUGACGUGACCGAAGAUGAGAAAAAAAUUGAAAUACUUAGACUGUUCAUGGAUAAAAGUUGUGUAGUAAUUUUUGUUGUUAAUCACGUGAUUUAGUAAUGUAACUUUAACAAUAAAAAAACUUUAUUUUCAGAGCAA